AUGAAUCCUCAGGCACCGGCACCAACAGGAGCACCGCUUCGAGCAUCGUCUCCAGAUUUCUCUUCACUCUCAUAUGAAGAACUUGAACAAUUAGAAGUUGUUCUACAGAAACAGGCUUUGAUUGAAAAUGAACAAACACGACGUUUGGCUGGUUUACGGCGUACUAUGGUUCAUCUUCAGCAAACAAUUGAUAAUGAUCAAAAACGAUCACGAAAUUUUUCAUUAUCUACUUCAAAUAAUUCUUCACCUGUACAAACAAAUCAACCUAUAUUAACAUCAUCUGAUAUUGUUGAAUGCUAUAUUUGUUUAUCAAUAAUUGAAAUUCAAACAAAUAAUUAUAAUCUUUCAUCACCAAUACUUUGUGCUGAUUGUCAUCGACCUGUUUGUCGACGAUGUGGAAAUUAUACAUCACCAGAAUUUACUCUACCACAUUAUCCAAUACAUUCAGAAAAUCAAAGUCAGGCAUCAAAAUGGCGCUGUCGUAUGUGCAUUGUACGUCGUGAAGUUGUUCGGAAGUCUGGUACGUGCUUGAAUAAAGAAAAAUAA